AUGGCUAAGCAACAACUACGUCGCGAAGUCAUCAAUGUGUAUAAAGAACUGCUCGAAAUGGGCAAGUCAUAUCCGUUGGGUUUCGACUACUUCAGACCACGGUUACACAAAGCAUUCAUGAGUCAGGCGCACCUCGACAAGGAGGACGAUAUUCGCAAGGGCAUUGAGCGUGCGGAAUACGUCAAGAAGGAAAUCGAGGCCUUGUACUAUCUGAAGAAGUACCGUGCGCUCAAGCAAGCAUACUCAUGA